AUGGCACGACCAAAGGAGUUUGAGAUCGCCAUUAUUGGCGGUGGCAUCGCGGGCAUCACCCUCGCUGCGGCCCUGAGCAGCCGGUCCAUCCCCUUCAAGAUCUACGAACAGGCACCCGCGUUCGGCGAGAUCGGCGCCGGCGUCUCCUUCAGCCCCAAUGCCGUGCAGGCCAUGAGGAUGUGCCACGAGGGCGUCCACCGCGCCUUUGAAAAGGUCUGCACGAGGAACCUCUGGCCGUCGAAGCAAAAGGUCUGGUUUGACUAUGUCGACGGCUUUCACGACGGUGACAACUACGCCUUCUCUAUCUGCAACGAACUGGGCCAGAACGGAGUCCACAGGGCGCGAUUCCUGGACGAGAUGAUCAAGCUGCUGCCGGAAGGCGUCGCGCAGUUCAGCAAGAGGCUGCUCAGCAUUGAUGAGAACGCGAGCGGCAGGCUGCGAAUGAACUUUGAGGACGGCACCACGGCCGAAGCCGACGCCAUCGUUGGCUGUGACGGAAUCAAGUCGCGUGUCCGCCAGUGCCUCUUCGGGGCCGAGCACCCAUGCGCCCGUCCUUUGUACAGUCACAAGUAUGCCUACCGGGGUUUGGUGCCUAUGGAGAAGGCGACCGAGGUCAUUGGCGAAGAGAGAGCGCAGAAUGCUUGCAUGCAUAUGGGACCUGGCGGACAUGUUUUGACCUUCCCUGUCGAACAUGGAAAGAUCCUUAACAUUGUAGCCUUCAAGACAGACCCCGAAGAGUGGCCCGACCAUCAGAAGCUUACGAGGACAUCACAACGGGAAGAUCUACUCCGGGACUUUGGGCACUAUAGUAAGGAGCUUGUCGAACUGCUCAGUUUAACGAACCCUAAAUUGGACGUGUGGGCGAUCUUUGAUCUGAUGGACAACCCUCCACCGAGCUACAGCAAGGGGCGUAUCUGUAUCAUGGGAGAUGCGGCGCACGCCACUUCACCGCAUCACGGCGCGGGUGCCGGCCUCUGUAUUGAGGACAGCGCCAUGUUGGCCGAGCUGCUGGCAGAUGACCAUGUGACAUCACCCGCAGCCCUGGAGGCGGUCUGCGCCACAUUCGAUGCCCAGCGGAGAGCCAGAGGCGAGUUCCUGAUGCAGAGCAGCCGCUUCAUUGGCGAUACGUACGAGUGGCGGGCUGAGGGUGUCGGCAACGACUUCCAGAAGAUCGAGGCCGAGAUCAACUGGAGAAACGACAAGCUUGGGAACAUCAACAUGGCAGAGAUGUGCGACGUGGCCAAGGCCGAGUUGAGGGAUAGGCUCGGGGCAACCCCGAGGCUUUAG